AAGAGUCUCCAUUCAUGGAUAAAAAUCGGAGGGAACUGGAGGGGGGGUGAAAGUUGAGCAAAAAGGACAUGUGGACGAACGAAUAAGCCGUGCACGACGAAUUUCAACGACGAUUUUUUUUUGCUCGCGAAAGGUUAUUUUUUGUUUGUUUGUUUGUUUUAGCAGCUACUUGUAUUGUAUAAAAGUCAAAGGCGGUUGAUCAGGACGAGCCCACAAGGAAACGGCAGUGGCGCUUCAGAGAAGAGCAUGGCCAAAUCUAGUAGAGCUACUUUGGCUCUGCUCAUCUACGGGAUCUUAAUGCGCUACAGCGCCCAAUGCACACCCAUCGGAAUGGGCUUCCCCAACAUGAGGCUAGAAAACGACGUGUUCGGGGACGAGGGAAACUCGUUAAGUGAGCUCUCCUAUGAGCCCGACACGAUGAGCGCGCGCAGUGCUCCAGCCCUCCCGGAGGACGCAUAUACACUGUAUUACCCGCCCGAGAGAAGAGCCGAAACGCAUGCAGACGGAUUGUUAGAUAGAGCCUUGAGGGACAUCCUGGUUCAGUUAUCAGCCCGAAAAUAUCUGCAUUCUCUGACGGCAGUUCGCGUAGGUGAGGAAGAAGAGGACGAAGAAGACUCGGAGCCACUGUCCAAGCGCCACUCGGACGGCAUUUUCACGGACAGCUACAGCCGCUACCGGAAACAAAUGGCCGUAAAAAAAUACCUUGCAGCAGUGCUGGGAAGAAGGUACAGACAGAGGUUUAGAAACAAAGGACGCCGCUUUGCUUAUUUGUAGCGGGGGGAAAAAAAGCGCGCGAGAGAAAAUAGAGCAACUGCCCUCCCUUGUGUCCAUUCAAUCAUACAGUCAAAAGUCAUUCUAACUUAAAACUGAGCAGUCGGUGGAUCUCGCCUGUGUUCUUUUAAACAUGUAUUUUAUGUACGAAGUCAAGCCAUUAAAAAUAUUUUAGUAAGAACAUGUUUUUUUUCUUCCUUUUUUUGUAUAAAAGCACUUGAGACCGCACAGUUCUACUUUGUGGACCAAUCGUUCAGUUGAAUGUAUAUAGCUUUAUAUGUUGAAAACGAAACUAAAAAAAAAUCUAGGAAAAAAUAUAUGAAUUAUAUAUAUAUAUAUCUAAAUAUAUAUAUGACAAAUGUGCACCUUGAACGUUAUGCGCUUGAUAUCUUUUUCGAAUUCAUCAUAUGCAGAAAAAUAAAUAGAUUUUAAAAAAGACAAUCAAAGUUCUGAAUGUUAUACUUUAUUUUUGUAAUGGAAAAAAAAAGUGCAAAAAAAAAGAAAAAAAAAGAAAAAAAAAGAAUAGAGUUUUUAUUUUGUGCGAAGUUGGCCCUGGGAUGUAAGUGACCAUAAGGCUGACUCUGUUAAAAAAAAAAAAUUAAUUUAAAAAAAAAAAAGAAAAAGAAAAAAAAAGCACAGGCUGUAAUGAUCCUAUGGAGGGGUCAGGGAGCGAUACACACUGACCAACAUGAAUCCCUCAUUACACAACUACAUUUGUGUAAGUGUUUUAGACGUGCAAGUCACCUGUCUGACUAAAUGCAACAGGUUUGUUAUUUUUUAUUUAUUUAUUUUAUUUAUUUAUUUAUUUUUUUUGAGUUUUAAAAGUUAGGAUUUGUGACUGAAAAUGAAAUGAAUGACACUGGAAUUUAGCUCAUUAGUGCUGUCAUAUUAUUUUGGUAGUCGCUUGCUUAAACUUAAAACAAUCAUCCCAUCUUCCCUGCACCUACAUGCAUGAUGCAUGUACAGUCCUCUGUGUCGUUUGUAAAACAGUCCCUGUUGCAUUCCAUAUGCUCGAAAAUGGCAGUUUUUCUUUUAUUUUCAAAGACAUUUCUGUUGUAUCACCUAGACAUGCUUUCUUAAAGACUAUUAAACAUGUUCAUGCAGCCUACUGCAGAGUUCUUCAGGGUGAAUGGAGAAGAAUGGUAUCCCUGCCCCCCUUCAAAAAAAAACAACAAAAAACUAAUUUCCAGUGCAUGCGUAAUGGCCUUUUAAAAGUGUUAUAUAGCAUGUCAUUUUUUAUCAGUUUGAGGCAUGUAUGCUGUGAGCCUAGUCAUGGUUUUGCGUCAUUUCUAUCUUUGUAUUAAUCAGAUUUGUUUCUAUUGUUGUUUGAAAAUGUAGAAGUUGUGUACGUGUUGGGAAAAAAUAGUCAUGUGUACUCAAUCACUGGGAUGAAUUCUUAUUUGGGAGACAAAAAAAAAAUUAACUUCAGAAUGUCCUUUGUUAAGGUCCAGUGUAUAGAUAUAGUAGUACACUUGCCUACACACCUUAUGGACUCCAGCUUAGUAUUACUGCAUUCCUGGCUAACACUUCUUGUUAUAACUUCUGAUAAUCCAUUAAACUCAUUACAUUAUCUAUGUGCAUAAGUCAUAUGUGUUAUGCAUCUCUUUGAAGAAAUUGAGAGGAAGUAAAAGGAGCGAUGCAUGGACAGAGGAUCAGGAAACCAAAGCAUCCAGGGAGUUGGCCAGAUGUUCAGAUAAAGUUAUGGCAUCCCUUAAUCCAUUUGAACCCUUGUAGGUUUAAGUCAGUAGUAAGUAUUAUGCAGCACUUAAAUCCUGGAAUAUCUUUUAUCCCGAAGUACUAUUCAAAUUGUAUUUUUUUUUUCUGUCUAUAAACCAUAGUUGAUGGUUUAUGUAUUCUAUACAAUAAUAUUCAGGCCGUAUUUCCCCACUAAUUUAGCAUUCAGACUAUUCUUUCCAGACAUGAACUUGGUUAACCCCCAAACCCCCCCGCCCCAAAUUGGCAUCAGUUCCUAGGAUUUCUAUGAGUGUAGAUGUUUUUAUGGGAGAGCAAUGUGUGAAUGUGUGUGAAUGUGUUGCAAGAGUGUGAGCAUGUAUAAUAUGAACCAGACAGUGGUAUGUGACAGACAGCAUGGCUUCUGGCUUUGGUGCCUUGCUACAACGUAUGACAAAAAAAAAAUCGCCACUUGAUAUGGAUGGCAAUUUUUAGUGGCCCUAUAAUGCUGCAGACUAUUAGCUUACAUUUCACUAACCAUCUUUUCUUUUUUUUUUCUUUCCAAAUUUGGCUGGGCCGAUAUCUAAUUCCAUUCAAAAGCAUGGCCAGCGUUACAUUGUGAUCCAAUUUAAUAUUGAACUGAUGUAAAUGGCAAAAGUAUUAACUGUCUCUAGGCUGUUAUAAGUUCAAUGAAUGUGUUGUUGUGGCAAAGUAAAGUGUUCCUGUUUCAUUGUUCUCAGUAAACUGACUCAUCAUAUCCCAAGCUUAUGUAGAGGGCCAUGAAGCCUAGCUUGAUUUUGUGUUGUUUCUUGUCGCAUCGCUUGAGGGUUAUUUGUCAGCUAGCAAAGAGCCUGACGGAGUGCAGCCCACAGCCCAGCCUCUUGUGUACAUUUCUAAGAGCGCCAAAAGCCUUAAUGUGAAAGUUUUAUCUAUAUCUGAAAUAUUAUGUGUGAGAAGUGAAUAUUAGCAAAUGUGAAGUCGAGAUAUUAAUCCAUAACUCCUUAGGGGGUGACGUUUUUAAAUGUUGAAAAAGUGUUGUAAGAUUUGUAUGAAUAAAUUUUUGUAAACAACA